GGGAACUUGAUGCAGCGCAAAGCUUUUUAAAAGGGCAAAGCGUUGGGUUGCUGGGUUUGAGGCGCGACGAGUCGGAAGUGGAGCAAGGAAGGCGGCGAACGAGCAGCAAAGAGGCCGCUCCGUCGUAGCAGGGCCACAGGGGCAUCUCACUACAGUGCAAUAUUUGGGUUUUCUUACCGUCUUGUGUGGUUUCAUUGAUAGAUGGGCAGCACUUGUGAGUGUUCCUUGAGGUGUCAGGAUCACCAUUACAAGAACUGCAAGGGCAAUGAUGAGAAGAUACGAUUCGAUGAUGUCGCUGAUGAAGAUUUCAACAGCUGCAUGGGCAAUAAGAAGAUGCGAUUCCAUGUUGUCAUCGAUGAAAAAUUCAGGAGCUGCAUGCGCAUACCACCAGAAGUUGGAAGUCAUUUUAGGAAAAUCACUUCUGAGACCAUCAAGAUAAAUGCUCCAAAUGGUUGCCUAUAUGAUAUCGGGGUUUCCAGGGAGAUGGGUGAGAUAGUUCUACGUUCUGGUUGGGAUGUUUUUUCCGCUGCACAUAACUUGGAAGAGAACGACUCUCUCGUGUUCAAAUUCUUUGGGAACUCGACCUUUAAAGUCCAGAUAUACAGUUCACAUGGUGGUUCCCAGAAGAUCACUUCAUGUGUUAGUCCACCUUCUGAGAUCCUUGAAGCUGUUCUUCCCAGUACUUGUGAUCGUCACGUUUCAAAUGGAAAUGAGGUACCUUAUCUCAGACACAAUCAGGAGACAGCUGAGUUUGACUAUUUAACAUCAGGAGGCUCCUGUUUAACCAAGGUACAAGAUGAGAAAGUAUUGGAAAUGGCUCACACAAACAGGUCUCAAGUUCCUCUGUAUGUGGCAGUCAUGAAGACAACCAAUGUUGAUGUGAAGAGUUGCUAUAUUAGCAUUCCAUCUAUACUCUUGAAAAAUGUUACAGAGGAGGUGUUUAAGGCUACUGUUAAACUAGAAGCCCCUGAUUCCAAUAUAUACAGCGUUUCAGCUGCCCAACAAAGUGAUGAUGAAAUAGCUCUCCAGUCUGGAUGGAAUGAUUUUGUGGUUGCUCAUAGGGUGCAAGUGGGUGACCUCGUCAUUUUCAGAUACAAAGGGAACUCUCGCCUUGAAGUUUUCAUCCUUGACCGAAAUGGUUGUCAGAAAACCUCUUCAUGUUUUGGCAAGGAAUAUGUUCCCAAUGCCCAAGAAAUGUGUGAUGAUUCAGUUAAAAUUAUUGAUCCACCCCAUUCAAAGGUUGAUAUCAUUGAUCUGAGUAGCAGCAGUUCUGAUGAUGAUAACAAUGUGGCAGCAUACACUGAGAAGUUAGCUAGGCUCCAGAAGCAGCACUUUGACCAUUGUGCAAAAUCUAGGAGGAUAGAUUCAACUUCCAGCCAAUCUAUUAAAUUAAACCAUGAUCAUGAAACUCAUGAGGAUCUUCAGAAAUAUAUGGUGGAUGGGGUCAGUCGGAGUCGGAGCCCUCUCAAUUCCAACUAUUCUGAGGUUCCAUCCACGCCUCUCUACAUUAUAUCAGGCAGCAUAACUCUAUCUGCAGCACAGGGGAAGAUGGUUCUAGAGAAAGUCCAAGCAAUUGGAUCUGAAUUUCCUAUUUUUGUGUCGGUGAUGAACAGAACCAGUACUAGUGAGAAUGGUUUCCCAAUGUCAAUGUAUUUUGCCACGGAAUAUGCUAGAAGAUGUCUUCCAUUGGCAACCCAAGAUCUUAUUCUUCAGCUGGAGGGCUGCCAAAGCAAGCAGUGGCACACUGUGCUGCACGUCUACAGUGUUCACAGCCGUGCUCGCAAUUACGCGAGGAUAUACAGUGGCUGGGCUAAAUUCGUUACCGUGAACCGUCUGUGUAUGGGAGAUAUCUGCAUGUUCGAGCUGGUGAAGAUGACAGAGAAGCUCAAGAUGAUCGUGCAUCUCAUUCGCAAGUGAGGUGCACAUAUGUAGAGCUGUAGCUUGAGCAAUCAGAAGGGGCUGGAGCGGAGGCAUUCUUCUUUUGUGUUCACGGUCUCUACCUGUCUGGGAGAUCCAUAUGAACUCCAUCAUCUUUUGUGAUACCAUUCAAUGGGAUGGUGUGCAGUUUCGCUGAUAUGUAGUAUUUUAGAUGUUAGCUGUUAUCAGGUAGGCUAAAUUGGAUAUGGUCAGAACAGAAACAGAAAUAUUUGUCUGCCCGCAGAUCUGAAUAUAUUUGACUCCUAUAUUACCAUAGUACGAUAUUAUGUGCA